AUGGUGAAACACAGAAACUCAUCUCGCUCGAUAAUCUCAUCUUCUUCUUAUUCAGCUAGAUUCUUCUCCAUUAAAGCUAUUUCUCUCUACUUGAUCUUCGUAUUUGCUUUUACCAUCUGGGUUCUUGUCUUCAGCUCCAGAAACAUACAAACCGAUGACCAAAUCCAACAGCAACAUCGAGAUCUAAUCGAUUCAGAAGAAUUUACGACUCCUCCGAAGAAGAAAUUGAAUGAAGAUACUCAACUUUGGACUCCUCCUUUCAGCUUUGGUUUGCAUCCAUGUGUCAAACCUACUCCUAAAUACAAAGAAUUUACAGAAUCAGAUCAUUAUAUAACAGUGAGAAGUAAUGGUGGUUUGAAUCAAAUGCGUACUGGUAUAGCGGAUAUAGUCGCUGUUGCGCACAUCAUGAAUGCAACUUUAGUCAUUCCUGAGCUGGAUAAGCGGUCGUUUUGGCAAGAUUCAAGUGUUUUUUCAGAUAUUUUUGAUGAGGAACAUUUUGUUAAAUCCUUGCAAAGAGAUGUGAAGAUUAUUAAAAAGCUCCCAAAGGAAGUGGAAUCUUUACCUAGAGCAAGGAAACAUUUCACUUCUUGGGCUGGUGUAGGAUAUUACGAAGAAAUGACAAACCUGUGGAAGGAGUACAAGGUCAUCCAUGUCGCGAAAUCAGAUUCUCGUCUUGCAAAUAAUGACUUGCCUAUCGACAUUCAGCGAUUGAGAUGCCGUGCACUGUAUAGUGGUCUACGCUUCUCUCCUGCAAUUGAAAGCCUUGGACAGAAGCUGGUUGAUCGACUCAAGUCACGCGCUGGGAGAUACAUUGCAUUGCAUCUGAGAUAUGAGAAAGACAUGUUGGCUUUCACUGGUUGUACCUAUGGUCUCACGGAUGCUGAAUCUGAAGAAUUGAGAGUAAUGCGGGAAAGUACAAGCCAUUGGAAGAUCAAAAGUAUAAAUUCAACAGAGCAGAGAGUGGAAGGGCUUUGUCCAUUGACUCCAAAAGAAGUGGGAAUAUUUCUGAAAGGUCUCGGAUAUACUCAGUCAACAGUCAUUUAUGUUGCGGCGGGUGAAAUCUAUGGAGGCGAUGAUAGACUCUUGGAGCUUAAAUCACACUUCCCAAAUCUAGUAUUUAAGGAAAUGCUUGCCACAAAUGAUGAAUUGAAAGGUUUCACAGGGCAUGCGACUAAAACGGCAGCUCUUGAUUAUAUAAUAUCAGUUGAGAGUGAUGUGUUUGUUCCUUCGCAUUCCGGAAACAUGGCAAGAGCCGUUGAAGGUCACCGCAGAUUUCUAGGGCAUCGCAGGACAAUCACUCCAGACAGGAAAGGACUAGUGAAACUUUUCAAUAAGGUUGAGAGAGGACAGCUAAAAGAAGGAACAAAGUUGUCGAAUCUUGUGAAGCAAAUGCAUCAAACCAGGCAAGGUGCACCGAGGAGAAGGAAAGGACCAACACAAGGGAUCAAAGGACGUGCUCGGUUUAGAACUGAAGAAGCUUUUUAUGAGAACCCAUACCCAGAGUGUAUUUGCAGUUCAAAGGAACACAACAAACCCUAA